CUUAGUCAGAACCGAACUCGCAGUAAGCAGAGGUGUGACGGAUCAGAGUAUGCCUGAUACCCAGGCAGUUGCUGUCAGCCGUUUCAAGGGGAAGGAACGACACCGAGACGCGCCGAGAUGUCGAUUACCUUAGAGGAGGAGAUCUUCGGCCUGGCCGUGAAUCCGUUCACCAAGUCCCCGGAAAUGGUGCGCCGGUACACGCUCAAAAACUCCAAGGGCAUGACUGUGUCGGUGAUCCAACUGGGUGCCAUCAUCCAAAGCGUGUGCUUGCCGGACGCCUACAAGAAGGUGGAGGAUGUGUGUCUCGGUUUCGACGACAUCGCCAGCUACUUGGCCAAUAAGGGUGCCUACAUAGGAGGGACCCUUGGACGAGUGGCCAACCGGGUGGCCAAUGGCGAGUAUACGUUUAACGACACGAAAAUCUUGGUGACAAAAAACAUCCAGGAUAAAUUCCAGCUGCACGGGGGCUUUGUUGGCUUCGAUAGCGUCAUAUGGGAGGUGGUGCAGAAGUCUCCCGAAGGGGUGAUAUUCCGUCACGUUUCGCCCCACGGUCACGAGGGCUAUCCGGGCAAGCUGACGUGCCUCAUCACUUACCAGCUGGACAACGAGAAUCGGUUGUGGGUCAGGUACGAGGCCACCACAGACCGCUCCACCAUGGUCAACCUCUCGAGCCACGCCUACUUUAACCUGGCGGGACACGGAUCCGGAGCGAAGGGUCUGGCGGAGCACACAGUGGAGAUCGCGUCUGAUCACAUUGUGGACACGGACGAGCUGCAGAUCCCCACGGGAAAGUUAAUCGACGUCAAGGACACCGUCUUUGAUCUCAGGCUGCCCGUUCUGAUGCGCGACCGGCUCAUGCAGUUUGAGAAUCGGCAGAUUAAGGGCUACGAUAACUGCUUUGUGGUCAACGGAGGCCGUGUGCAAAAAAGUGUAGCCAAGGUGGCCAAGAUUGUACAUCCGCCAUCCUGCCGGGUACUGGAGGUUUGGACCGACCAGCCAGGCAUGCAGUUCUACACCGCGAAUAACCUGACCUCGAUAGUGGGCAAAAAUUGCACCAAGUAUGACAGGCAUGGCUCUUUUUGCGUGGAGACGGAGAAGUUCCCCGAUGCCAUGAACCAUCCGGAGUUCCCUUCGAUCAGCCUCGAGCCAAAUGAGAAGUACCGGCACGAGGUCCUUUACUGGUUUAAGGUCGAGGAGUCCUGGAAGUGCUGUUGCAACAACGAUCCAAAAGCGUCGUCAUGAUCUCUCGUCAAUAAAGUCCAACCCCAAAGUA